UCGUGCGUCACCGGUAGAUCGCGUGCGCUUUGCUCCAGACCUCGCGGACAGUCUCCAGCUUCCCGGUAAUUUAACGUAUUUAACGGCUUCGAGUCCCGGUAAUGAUGGCUGCAGCGGGGCCGCAGGGCAGGAAAAGGCUCCUGAAGGAGGAGGACAUGACCAAGGUGGAGUUUGAGACCAGCGAGGAGGUGGAUGUUACCCCCACCUUUGAUACCAUGGGCCUGCGCGAGGACCUGCUGCGGGGCAUCUACGCCUACGGUUUUGAGAAGCCGUCAGCGAUCCAGCAGAGAGCCAUCAAACAGAUCAUUAAAGGCCGUGAUGUCAUCGCUCAGUCUCAGUCUGGAACUGGAAAGACAGCCACGUUCUGCGUGUCUGUGCUGCAGUGUCUGGACAUCCAGGUGAGGGAGACUCAGGCUCUGAUUCUUGCUCCAACCAGAGAGCUGGCAGGACAGAUCCAGAAGGUGCUGCUGGCGCUGGGGGACUACAUGAACGUCCAAUGCCACGCCUGCAUCGGAGGGACCAACGUGGGCGAGGACAUCAGGAAGUUGGACUACGGCCAGCACGUCGUCUCCGGGACGCCCGGCCGCGUGUUCGAUAUGAUUCGCCGUCGCAGUCUGAGGACGAGAGCCAUUAAGAUGCUGGUUCUGGACGAAGCCGACGAGAUGCUGAACAAAGGCUUCAAGGAGCAGAUCUAUGAUGUGUACCGGUACCUUCCUCCGGCCACUCAGGUGGUUCUGAUCAGCGCCACGCUGCCGCACGAGAUCCUGGAGAUGACCAACAAGUUCAUGACCGACCCGAUCCGCAUCCUGGUCAAACGUGAUGAGUUGACUCUGGAGGGUAUAAAGCAGUUCUUCGUGGCGGUGGAGAGAGAGGAGUGGAAGUUUGACACGCUGUGUGAUCUGUACGACACUCUGACGAUUACCCAGGCCGUCAUCUUCUGCAACACCAAGAGAAAGGUGGACUGGCUCACGGAGAAGAUGCGUGAGGCGAACUUCACGGUGUCGUCGAUGCACGGAGACAUGCCUCAGAAAGAGAGAGAGUCCAUCAUGAAGGAGUUCCGGUCAGGAGCCAGCCGUGUUCUGAUCUCGACGGAUGUUUGGGCGCGAGGGUUAGACGUUCCUCAGGUGUCUCUGAUCAUCAACUACGACCUGCCGAACAACAGAGAGCUGUACAUACACAGGAUUGGUCGGUCCGGGCGUUACGGUCGUAAGGGCGUGGCGAUUAACUUUGUGAAGAACGACGACAUCAGGAUCCUGCGAGACAUCGAGCAGUAUUACUCCACCCAGAUCGACGAGAUGCCCAUGAACGUGGCUGAUCUGAUCUGAAGACGCCGGAGUCCCGCCCCCUCACUUCCUGUUUCCUGUUUUUACUUUUUAUUAGUUUUUGAGUUUUUUUGUUUGUUAAGAUUUUUGUAAAUAAAGUUUUUUGGUUCCUCA